AUGGUAAGCACUGUGAAUGAGUUUAAGUUACAACCAGAGACUCAGAAUGGAAAGGGUAGAUUGUUUACAAUAGUUACAACACCCCAACUUCUUACCAAAGUGUUGGAAGCCCAAAGGUUUGAUCAGGAGACCGACUUCAUCAAGGCCCGAUUAGUGUCCGAGGAAUCUUCACCGGAUUGGACACUCCAUCAAGAUGGUAGUUUAAGGUAUUUAGGUAGAAUUUUUGUGCCAAACAUCGAACAAUUAAGAGAGGAAGUACUUAAAGAAUUUCACCAUUCGAUUUUUGCGGUUCAUCCGGGAGGAAAUAAGAUGUACCAGGAUCUUAAGCGACAGUCUUGGUGGAGUGGAGUGAAGAAGGACGUUGCUCAAUUCGUAUCUAAGUGCUUGACGUGUCAGCAAGUGAAGGCAGAACAUCAAAAGUCGGCAGGGAAACUCCAACCUUUACCAAUACCUAAGUGGAAAUGGGAACACAUAACAACGGAUUUUGUAACGGGAUUACCCCGGUCGCCGCAAGGCCAUGAUGCCAUUUGGGUGGUGGUUGAUCGAUUAACUAAGAAGGCACAUUUCCUACCAAUAGGACCAGCAGACACACUCGAAUCUUUAAGUCGAUUAUUUAUUCGAGAAAUCAUUAGAUUGCACGGAGUACCAGUCUCAAUAGUGUCAGAUCGUGAUUCUCGUUUUACGUUACAAUUCUGGCAAAGUCUGCAGAAAGCCUUGGCUUUGUACGGACGGCCUUGCCGAUCACCAAUAUGUUGGACAGAAGUGGGAGAAGCACCUCUUUUAGGGCCAGAGUUAGUUCAAGAAACUACCGAGAAGCCUCGUCGAGGAGUUGUUCGUUUCGGAAAGAAGGGAAAGUUAUCACCUCGCUUCAUUGGACCUUUUGAAAUUUUGGACAAAUUAGGAGAAGUGGCGUACCGUUUGGCUCUACCGCCUCAACUGGCUGGAGUACAUAAUGUUUUCCACGUCUCUAUGCUACGGAAAUACAAGCCACACCCUUCUCACAUCAUCAAUUGGGAGGAGAUUAAUCUUGAUGAAGACGUGACAUUUGAAGAAAAGCCUGUCAAGAUUUUAGAUCGUCGCGAGAAGAAAUUACGAGGCAAAACUAUACCAUUGGUUCGAGUUCUCUGGAGACAUUGUGGGACGGAAGAGUCAAUGUGGGAGCGAGAAGAUAUGAUACAUGUCAAUUACCCUCAACUAUUCGAGUCUAAAGGUGCGAAUUAA